AUGUUGACGAUGGAGACGGACUUGAAAGGCGGCAGCCUGCACGCCACCGUGCCGCCGCACCACGCGCUGCAGCAUGGCUACGGCUCGCUGGGUGCGCUCGGUGGCAUGAUGGCCCUGCCGCAACAACAACCCUUGACCCAACACCAGCCGUUGCAUCAUCAACAAUUACCGCAGCACCACGCGCAGCCUCCACAGCCGCACCACCAGCCUCCUAAUAACAACAACAAUAAUACCAGUAAAAAUUCAAAUACUGACCGAGUGAAGCGUCCAAUGAAUGCAUUCAUGGUGUGGUCGCGUGGACAGCGCAGGAAGAUGGCUUCUGACAAUCCUAAGAUGCAUAAUUCUGAAAUUUCAAAACGUCUUGGUGCACAGUGGAAAGAUCUCUCUGAAUCUGAGAAACGACCAUUCAUUGACGAGGCGAAGAGACUUCGAGCCGUUCAUAUGAAGGAACAUCCAGAUUACAAAUAUAGACCAAGAAGGAAGACGAAGACACUCGCUAAAAAGCAAGAAAAAUAUCCGUUAGGAGGUGGAGCAUUAUUAGGCACUGGAGAUGCUCAACGUACCUCUGCACCGACGGCUCAACAACCACGCGAUGUGUAUCAAAUGACACCAAAUGGAUACAUGCCUAACGGAUACAUGAUGCAUGACCCUAGUGCAUACCAACAGCAAGCAUACGGUUAUCCGCGUUAUGAUGUGUCACAGAUGCAACAAGGAGGAUACGGAGGUGGCUAUUACGGUGGCGGACAAGGUUCGCCGUACCUGCCACAGCCACCAUCACCGUCAGCUUAUGGCAUGGGACCAGGAUCUCCCGGCGGCUACGCGCUGCCACCGUCUUGCGCAUCACACUCGCCAAGCGGCUCAUCGGCAAAAUCAGAGCCCGUAUCACCAGGCCCACCGGGUAUGAAGCGCGAGUUUGCACAUGAGCCGCCAGCACAGCUUAAGCGAGAAUUUGCACCGCACGCACACGCACACGAGCAGAUGGCUAUGAAGCGCGAGUACGGACAACAGGACCUGAGCCACAUCAUCAACAUGUAUCAUGUACCGGACGAGCAGCGAUACGCGGCCGCCGGUGAGCGGGUGAUGCCGCUCAUCUGA